ACUUGCGAAUUUAUGGCACAGCAAUUAUUUUUAGUAUAAAUUUAUUUGCGUUUUCCGGUCACACUGACACGCAACUCUAAUCAUUAUUUUGUAGAGCUUGUUUUUGGCGUCUGUUGUUGUUUUGUUUCGUUUAGAAAGCAAUUUUGCCCAGCAAUUGCGAAAGUGAUCAUGUCGAGCACCACAAAGGAAACAUAUCCGGAUGUCGAAGCGUGGUGUCGGCUCUGCCUCAGUGAACACCGCGAUGCGUACACAAUCUUUGCCGACGACGAUUCGCAGUUGUCGGUGCCGAUGCGUUUGAUGGCCUGCGUCUCGCUGGAGGCGAAGUCAACCGACGGACUACCGAAGAAGAUUUGCGGCGAAUGUCGUUACCAGUUGGAGAAAUCAUUUCUGUUCCGGCAGCGCAGCCAAGCAGCCGACAAGAAGCUGCGCAAACACAUUCGUUUGGUGAGCAUGGGAAAAAAGAGUCGCGUCUUCAGCAAGUCAGCGGAUCAGGAGUCAGACGAGGAUGAACUGGAGUUCGAGGAGUCAAUUGAGUUCAUUGACAAGCUAGAGAAUGUGUACGAGAAGCAUUCGCAGAAAUGGCGCGAAAAGUUCAAAGCGGAUCAGGAGAAAGAGUUCUUAACGCGAGUUGAUUUGAUGCGCGAAGAGCUGCGCGUUGAUAUACGCAAAGAGUUGAUGGACGAGGUGCGCCAAGAAGUGCGACAGCAGCUUCAUGAGGAGGUGCAGGAGGAGAGUCGCAAGGAGCAGUUAGCUAAACUGUUGGGUGAGCUCGAAGUAUUUCUGGACGAGAAGAAAGCCGGUCUCUGGGAAUCUAUUGAGGAUGAGCCCACGGAAAACAAGCCCACCAACAAAUCACCGAUUGAUGCAUCUGUUACGACACCUACAAAACUCACACAAACGGCAGCAGUUGAAACGAGAUCAACACGCAAGCGAGUUCGCGCGUCGCCAAUCCAGCAGCAGACUAAGCAACGACGUACUAAGUUAUCGGAAGCCGAGACGGAGUACGUGCUGGAGAGUACCGCUAAAGUGGAGCCACUUUCCACAGAUGACGCCGAUCAGGAAGAGGACGCUUCGACGCCCGCUGUUGCGGAGAGUUUCACCGAUGUAAAGAUUGCUGGAGCCUCUGAUGACGUGGUGACCACACAGAACGGCGAGAUCUACAUCAUCAAUGCGGGCAAAGCGAACUCCACACCCACCUCAUCCAUUGAGUAUCAUCAGCAGGACAAGAAUAUUACAUCCUACAACAUUCGUGACAAUGGUGAAAUACAGUUUACAGACACCAAAUCCGAGGACAUGAGCGAUGUGGUCGUGUUCAAUCUGAACUCGGAAGCCGGGGAUGAUCAGCAGCUCUACGAUUUUAACGAUGUCAUCAUAUUGUCCGAUGGAAAAGCCAACAACGAGCUGUUGCCAGCAGCAAAGAGCCAGAAGAACGACUACGUGGUCAAGCAAUCGCCACGCAAUGCUCAGCCAACAAUUGGACGUGCCAGCGAUACGCUGAAAUCAUUUCAAUGCCAACUCUGUCCCAUUGCCUUUGGCACAGCCAAAUCGCUGUCACGUCACAUCAGCACACACAUCAAGACGAUGAAGAAUGGCGUUGGCGGCGCCCUCAAAUGUCCUGUCUGCGAGCUGCAAUUGUCCUGCGCCAGUUCGCUCAAGCGUCACAUGAUUAUUCACACCGGACUGAAGCCUUACAAAUGCGACGAAUGUUCGUUGGCGUUCUCGCAGCGAGAAGUACUCAAGCGGCACAUGGACACGCACACAGGAGAGAAGCGUCAUCAGUGUCCGCAUUGCAAUGCGUGCUUUGCUCAGAAAACCAAUCUGCAGCAGCAUAUCAAUCGCAUGCACACAGAGGGCGAGCGUCAGCAUAAAUGUCAUUUGUGUCAUCGCAGCUUUAAUCACGUCUCUGGACUCAGUCGCCAUCUGGUCACGCAUGCGGGAGUCACGUUUGCCUGCAAGGAGUGUGGACGCAAGUUUAACGAUCGCAGCGCAGUGCAGCGACAUGUGCAGAAUGUGCACAAGCUCAAGGAUCAGGACGAUGUGGAGGGCAAUGAGAACGAAGUGGACUUUGAGUAA